UGAAACGGCAAAGCAAGCCCAAGCACCUUUCAACUGACGACUUGUGAAACGGGCAAGCGUGGUACUUUUUAUGGUUAUAUAAAAUAGUUAAGUUUCCGAAAAGCGGCGCUACUUACAGAGAUGUCCUCAGACGAAGAAGAACCAACCAGUCCUGUUCUCCCCAAAGACUCGGACCGGGGCAGCUCCGUGUCCUCUGAGCUUCAGGAUGAGUAUGAGGAGCUCCUCCGUUAUGCUGUUAUCACCCCUAAAUUUGACGCGCUUGGCGUUCAGUUGAAGCAGCAGAGCACCUCGCAUCUGUCUGCAGCGGGUGGAAAUAAAGAUGGCACAAAGUUUCAACGUGUACCAGAUUCUGCCAUUGAAGCUAAGGAUGGGCGGCACUCUAGCAGGAGCCUGAGAUCGUCACAGGCCUCCCCCUUGAUUGUUGGGCCACACUCGACACACUCAAGAGCCUCUCGUGCUGAGAAGAUGGCAGGUCAUUUGUCUAGCAGGGCGUCACUGCUCUCAGAUAAUCCCUCAGAGAGGUUACAGGUGGCAUCUGAGAGGUCCAGGCCAGAUACCCCAGAACCCUUUGAGUUUGUUGUGACAGAGAUGUUUAUUUCAGAGGAGAACAUAAACAAGAUGGAGAACAUUCUGGACACGUGGAGCAACAACCUGAAGUCAAAUGUGCUGACGGAGCUACGGAAGUGGAAGUUGGCCUUCGUUGAGCAACACAAGCUGGAGAUGAUGAAGGAGAGGGAGAGGCAUGCAGCCCAGACAGCUGGCCUGAAGUCAGAGCUAGAUAGCCUUAAACAGCUAUUACAAACCUAUGAAACCUCCAACCAAAGGAAAGAUGAGGUUAUCGGGAACCUGAGCCAAGUACUGGACAGACAGAAAGAAAAGCUUGAGAAGAUGAGGGCCUUCACCCACUGGAGACUCCAGCACAUCGAGGCCAAAGAAGAGGCUCGUUCUUCUCAGGUGGCACAGCAGCACUACAAUUUGCAGCUGAAGAAGAAGGUGUGGUUUGCCUGGCAGUCUCUGAUCCAGAAACACUGGAAAGUCAAGGUGGAGAGAGCUUGCCGUUCAAGGGCUGAAGAGGUCUGCUCCCAGAUGUCUGUGGAGUAUGAGGCUAAGCUAGCAGAGCACUGUGAGGCUAUAGAGCGGGCACAGGCGGAGAUUCAGAGACUACGAUUAGAGCGAGAGCGAUAUGAAGAAUCCAUGAAGAAAGCCUUCAUGAGGGGUGUAUGUGCUCUCAACAUGGAGGCGCUCAGCAUGUUUCACUCUACAGAAGGACGAGCAGAACAACCUCCAGCUCAUGAUCAGCAUGUUCCUCUGCCUGGUGAGGAUGAGCGUGGCUCCUCUGCCAUGGCUCAGCUCCAGCCAUAUGCCACCUCUUCCACACAGUUCAGUCCAGUCCAUUUUGACCACCCAGGCCCGUCGCACAGUGAAGCAGAUGAUGUGAUGGGCUCUGGUGCCCCCAUGUCCCAAGAAGAAGCACUCCCUCCCACUACAGUGGUGCACAGCUCACUCCCUCUUGGGGGAAUUGCAAGUUCCCACAAAAAGGUAGGUACUCGUGUCGUCACAGCAAGUCAACAAAAAUCCUCAAAGACUGUAACGGCUCGUGUCACUGCGCGCCAUGAGAUCAGUAAGGUGGGACGUAGCAGCCUGCAGGUGAUGGGAGUGGCUCCACCCAUGAGCUCUGUGGUAGUCGAACGGCAUCAUCCUGUUACGCAGCUCACCAUUGGGCAAGCCACAGCUGCUAAAUUUCCAAGCUCCUCCCAAAAGGGCCACAUGUCCACUGCAGGCAGAGCCUCCUCCAGAACGCACAGCAGCACCUGUCACACACACUCCAUCAAAGUAGUUGACUGAUGACACGCACAUAUGUCAAAGAUCUUCCUUAAGACCAGCUAUGCAAAAAUCCAAAUUGAUGGAAUUUUCUGUCUUGAU